CUUCUUUUUUUGUCUUUCUCCAAGUAGGACUUAAAGAAGUGUAUAAUGUCCUUUGAUAUCUUCAGGGAAUGAAGGAGAGGACAGAUCCGAUAGACAAGGAGAAUUUUGCAUAUUUAAUGUUAAGUCUUGAUGAGAAAAUUUGAGAGAAUCUCGUAUGAGUUUAGGUUCGAGGCCUCCCCUGAUGGUGGAUUUAUCUGCAUGAGCAACACUAAGUAGUAGACUGUUAGCAACACUCGGAUCACUGAAAAGGAAAUUAAUGUCCCCAAAGAAAAGUCUCUAGGAUUUUUCAGGGCCAUUGAAACAUACCUCUCGGGAAGUCCUGAUGCUGGCUACUUAAUGUUUCUAUACUAAGUGCCAAGUGCCUCAGUGAUUUUAACUAUGAUCAUGCUUGUUUUCAUGUACUUUUAAUAGUUGUCUUGGUCUGGAAAGUAUCAAUCAACUUGUGCAGGAUUUUGUUCUUUGCAUAGGGAAAAGACACAAUUUAGAAUCAAUAAUGAUGCGUUAAAAAAAGUAAUACUGUGCGGAUGACAGAAAAAAGAAUGUUAUCCAACAAAAGCAAUUGCAGCAUAACUGUUAGCCUCUAUCUAUAAAGACUAGCACUAGUAACAUUUCCUUCUGUCAGCAAAUCAAUUGGCGCUUCCUUGGUCACUAAACUAGUGUCAAAAGCCUAUAAUAGUAUAGGUUUGGUCUCUUAUGACAUGGAGAUCGCCUCCUCCAUCCCUCCAGAUAAGCUGUUUAAAGCCUUAGUCCUUGACAAUGAUAAUCUGAUCCAAAAACUCAUGCCAAAAGCAAUAAAUAAUGUCCAAGUUCUUGAAGGAGAUUUAGGGCUGGAACCAUCAGAGAAGUCAUAUUCGGCCAAGGUAUGUUCGAUUCAUAAAACUCAAGUCAAUGUCGUUAAACUACCUAAUUUUAAUUGUGUGUAUGCAGUUAGCCAAUUCAAUUAUGUGAAGCACAUGAUAGAAGGGAUUGACACAGAUAACUUGAUAUACAGAUACAGUGUAAUAGAAGGCGAUGCUGUAAUGAAUGUUCUUGAAAAGAUAUCAAAUGAGAUUAAGUUUGAGGCAUCUGCUGAUGGAGGAUGUAUUUGCAAGAACAGCAGCACAUACUAUACAAUUGGAGACUUUGAGCUUAGCAAAGAAGAGAUCAGAGCUGGGAAACAAAAUCCUUGGCAAUUUUCAAGGCUGUUGAAGACUCUCUUGGAUAAUCCUGAUGCCUAUUAGUAAAAUAGGCUCUUGUGCCUUUGAAAUGAAGCAUUAGGCUUUGCUGUUUUCUUAAUAAUUCUUUCUUUCUGUACCCUCGGCUUGCUAGUAAGAAUUUUCAGUUGUAAUUUUCCUUUUCCUUUCCAUAGAGUUCAAUAUUGUACCAGAAUCUGCAUAAACAGAAGAAGCUAGUAAUUGAAAAAUGACGGCUUUCUUGAAAUUUGUUUUGACCUGCCCAGCAUGGAAUAAGAAUUCGAAUUCAAAUUCAAAUUUCUCCCUUUC